AAAGAAAAUGACCAUCAACAUCUCCCCUCCUCCAGAGGAAGAAGAAGACGAAAAAAUAAGACGCCGAUGACCUCCGGUUCGUCGGGAGCUGCAAGACCUUAUUUCUUUUCUUCAUCAAGGAAUGAAUUAAAAACGAUGCAAUAAAAAAGGACCUUCCUUCUUCUUCUUCCAUCUCUAAUAAAAGAGGAGCGAUGUAAUGCGUGUGUAAUUUCACCAUGGAUUACAAGUGAAGUGCAAUCAAGAGUUAGAAGUUCGUGAGGUCCUUGGCGGGUGGUGGAAUUGAAGGACCCGAUGAACUGAAAUUCAUCUGAUGGCCAGCGGCCGGGCGUCCGGCAACAACGGAAGACUCAAAUCCACACGACGAUUUCUGGAAGAGAGAAGAGACAACAAUAAAAUUCUCUGCACGUCCUGGAAGAAGAGCGCCAUUAACCUUGCCCCCCAUCGGCUAAAAAGUAAAUUUUCUUCUUCUUCUUCUUCGCUUUUUUAAAAAUAAAAAACUAAAUUCAAGAAUAAAGAUAAACAAAAUCACGUGACCAAGGUUGUUUGUCGUUACGGCCCGGUCCCAAAAUAAAUAGUCCCAUGGAAACGAUGACAAUAAAAGCUAAAAGUCAAAAGCCUAAAAUUCUUGGUUGCCAUAGGCCCAUCCUCUUAAGCCGGAUCUCUCUCAAAGUCUUCGAGGCGGAUACUGUGCUGGAUUUAUUCUUGUUGGCUUUGGAUGUGGACGUAAAAGAAAAAAUAAAGAAACAUCCCAACAAAUAAGUGACGUCUCCUCUGAUGCCCACCGACUGAUUUACUGCCGGCGCUGCCUAUCUUCUGACGUCAGACACUCCGAUGAUUAGGUCCCCCCAUUGGUUGGCCUAUACCACGACCCCCAAGACAUUUUCCCAUCCUCAGGUAUAGAUCGACGUAAUGUUUUGUUGUAGACGUUAGGAAGAUGGUAAUCACGGUCACAACCAUUUACGUGAAUCAUUAGACCAAGUCAAAAAUCAAAUUCUCAUUUCCUUUUUGAAAGUCGUCAGUUAUGUAACUUUGAUUUUAUGCGGAAUUCUUUCAACGACUUUGCAAAGAUCAUCGUGGCGAGUCUUUUUCCGGCAAUUCCGGUCUUAAAGUAAUUAUCUGCGGGAGAUAUUGAAUAAUCCCUAUCCGUUAAUUUAAUAAUUUUGAUUUAGGAUAGGGGUCGAUAUUUAAUGGUUUUGUAUCGAUUUCUUAAAGCUAGCAUGAAGACAAGUCAAAAGUGUCGUCUGCUUUCAAAUUUGUUUAAAAUGCUGGUUUCGAAAACGAAGAAGUUUAAUCAGAUUACAAAGAAAACGGGAACGAUCACGUUUUGGGACACGUACAUGUUGCUGCACAAAAACAGCAGAACAAAUAAAAUUACAUAAAUGUGGUCGUCGUGUCAACUCUGGUCGCAUCUCUUUAUGGAAUCGCUCAAUAUCCACUCCAUGCUGUCUUUCAGAUUUGAGACCUGAACCAGUCAUCAUAACAAGAAGAUAUGCAAGUGCUGGUAUCGUGCUGUCAUCAGCAAUAAUCUCUGUGUAUUCGCUUGGAUAAACAGCAUCCCGUUUGAUUGAAGAAACCACCAAUGCCGAUCGCGUUAUCUAUCUUUUCUUCCCCUUUCUUUAAAUGUUCACACCCAUGUGAAUGUGAGUGUAUUUACAAAGACGCCCUGGUCGCUGGUGUAUUCAACUCUUCAGUGGAUGGAGCACUCGUGGAUGCCUGGCUGUGGAUUUCCCAGGCUUAAAGGUGUCGAAAACCAAGUUACGAAUAUCACCACAGUUUCUCAUGGCUCCCAUCCACACCACACACCUGUAUUAUUGAGCAUCCGAACAGGAAUUAUGCAGGAUGAUACUGCAUCCAAAGACAGUGAUUCUCUCAUCCAUGAAAGCUACCAAUACUCACCAUCAUAUUUCGAUCCUGACAGAAUUUGGUGGAAACACCCUCGUGUUAAAGAGAAUUGGAAAGUUGUAGCAACUGCUUUUGCUCUUGUCAUUAUUGGUUUGGGUUUAUUGGUCACAGGGAUAACUGUGUUGAUAAUUCCAUCUGGAGGAGUUCAAGGCUUAGUCUUCCUUAUCAUAGGAGUUAUAUGUUUUAUUCCAGGAGCCUAUCAUAUUGUCUACAUUUAUCUUGCCGUGAAAGGGAGGAAAGGAUACAACUUCUAUCAUUUACCUCUCUUUAAUUAAGCCCGGUUAUGAAAUAUCCCAGACGCUGCCCAGCGUGCCAUAUUGGGGUGUUACGUAUUUUGCUCGACACUCAUCAUCGGCAGAGUUAGCUUUUUGUAACCGUGUACAGUGAUUCAUCGCUUCCUCUUUCAUAACUCUCUAAGUUUUUUUGCUCAACAUUUGGUUGUACAUAUUGAACCUCAGCUCGGUUUUCGUUUAUUUGCAUUUUUUUUUUGCUCUCCGAAAACUUGGACCACUUCACUCUUGCGUUGAUUUUGACUCACUAGGACAUUUUCACUCUCAGAUGAAUCUCGUUUUUAUAUUUGGACGUUGUGUUUCUGCUUGAGCAGAUUGUACAGAGUAUGCAAAUACAACGAAAGCAAUUCUG